UGCUGUGUGGAGAGAUUUGACGGAGGGACACUCCUGUACAUGGACCAUCACUGCGCUGCAAUCCGCCGCCUGCUCACAGACAAACAGACGCACACACACGCACGCACACGCAUGUAAUGCCUCGCUGAAAAUCUGGACGUACUCGGUGGAGAAAAACGCGCAUGUGAAUAUUUUAUUUUUUUGCAUGUCAGGAGAGGAGGAACUAGUCGCCGGGUCCGCGGCUGUUUGUCUUUUCUUAUCGCUUGUCCCCCCCUCCCCGUAUGUCACUCUAAUUAAUCGGAGGCAUGUGGAAUCGCACCAGGAUUAGGAAUUGCUUCCCAAUAGUGUGCCUGCUGUUGACGUUAUGGACGGAGGUGUCCCAGUCGACCGGCUAUUUCGAGCUGCAGCUGAUCACGGUGGAGAAUGUAAACGGCGAGCUGGCGGACGGGGAGUGCUGCGACGGCUCCAGCAGGGACUCCGACCUGCGCUGUACCCGAGACGAGUGCGACACUUACUUCAAUAUCUGCCUGAAAGAGUUCCAGACGCAGGUCGUCACCACCAGCAGCGGCACCUGCACCUUCGGAGCUGCAGCUACGCAAGUUCUCGGUGGAAAUAUGUUUUCUUUUAAGAGCGCAAAGAAUAACGCGAAUAAAAUCGACGAGGCUGGCAAGAUUUUGAUCCCGUUCCAGUUUGCGUGGCCGCGGAUGUACACGUUGAUUGUAGAGGCCCGGGACUGGGACAACAGCACACGCAACAAUGAGGAGGAGCUGCUGAUCGAACGCAGCAUUCGCACCGGUAUGAUCAACCCCGGCGACCAAUGGCAGACCAUCCUGCACGACGGGCCCGUAGCUCGCCUCAUAUACCGCAUCCGGGUGCGGUGCGAUGACAACUACUAUAGCAACAAGUGCAACAAGCUGUGCGUUCCUCGGGACGACUACUUUGGCCACUAUCGCUGCGAAACUUCAGGGGCCCAGGUGUGCCUGGAUGGCUGGAUGGGCUCAGACUGCAGGACAGCGAUCUGCAAGCAAGGCUGCAACCUGUUACACGGCGGCUGCUCUGUCCCAGGGGAAUGCAAGUGUAACUACGGCUGGCGGGGCCAGUUCUGUGAUGAAUGUAGGCUUUACCCCGGAUGUGUCCACGGGACCUGCAACAUCCAGUGGCAGUGCAACUGUGAGAGGAACUGGGGUGGCCUGCUGUGUGACAAAGAUCUGAAUUACUGCGGUCGUCACCAUCCUUGUGUAAAUGGAGGAACCUGUAUGAACACUGAACCAGAUGAGUACCACUGCGCCUGUCCUCGGGGAUACUCUGGCAAGACCUGUCAGAUAGCCGAGCACGCCUGUGUUUCCAACCCUUGCGCCAACGGUGGUACCUGCCACGAGGUCCCGACAGGUUUCGAGUGCCUGUGUCCACCGGGCUGGGAGGGUCCGACCUGUGCCGACAAUUUGGAUGAGUGUGCCUCCAGUCCAUGUGCUCAGGGUGGAACCUGUGUCGACCUUGAGGACGGCUUUGAGUGUGUGUGCCCUCCACAGUGGGAGGGAAAGACCUGCCAGAUAGAUGCAAAUGAGUGUGCAGGAAAUCCCUGUGUGAACGCUUACUCUUGCAAAAAUUUGAUUGGCGGAUAUCACUGCGACUGUUUUCCGGGAUGGUCUGGACAAAACUGUGACAUCAAACUCAACGGCUGCCAUGGUCAGUGCCAGAAUGGAGCAACAUGCAAGGAGAAUCUAAGCGGUCACCACUGCCAGUGUCUUCCAGGAUUUGUGGGCUCUCACUGUGAAAUCCAGAGGAAUAAGUGUGACAGCAGACCAUGCCAGAAUGGCGGCCAAUGCCACACAGUGUUGGACGGCUUUGUGUGUCAAUGUCCACCACAGUUUGCUGGACAGCUGUGUGAGAUCUAUGGCUGGUCCCCCUCAGACGCUUGUGAUCCGAACCCUUGUGAGAAUGAGGCCAAGUGCCACAGCAUGGAGCAGGACUUCUACUGCGCAUGUCCCGAAGGCUUCGAGGGGAAGACUUGUGAACGGCUCAAGGAGAACUGCCAAACCGCUCCGUGUCAAGUGAUUGACAGCUGCACUGUUGCCAUCGCGACCAACGACUCAGCUGGAGUGCGGCACAUCUCCUCCAACGUUUGCGGUCCACGAGGACGCUGCAACAGCCAACCAGAGGGCAACUUCACCUGCAUGUGUGAUCCGGGUUUCAGUGGCAUCUACUGUCAUGAAAAUAUUAACGACUGCAUCAACAACCCCUGUGGAAACGGAGGGACCUGCAUUGAUGGAGUGAACUCCUUUCAGUGCUUCUGUCCUGACGGCUGGGAGGGCCGACUCUGCGACCUCAAUGUCAAUGAGUGCAGACACAACCCGUGUAAAAAUGGCGGACGCUGCGUCGACCUGGUGAACGACUUCUACUGCGAGUGUGCCGACAACUGGAAGGGCAAGACCUGCCAUUCCCGCGAGAAUCAGUGUGACGCGACCACCUGCGGUAACGGAGGCACCUGCUACGACCACGGGGAUACCUUCCGCUGUGCCUGCCCACCUGGUUGGGGAGGAAACGCAUGCAACACAGCCCGGAACAGCACAUGUGCCUCCAGUCCUUGCUCCAACGGUGGAACAUGUGUGGGAGGAGGAGACACCUUCACCUGCAUCUGCAAAGAGGGCUGGGAAGGCCCUACCUGUGAUCAAAAUAUAAAUGACUGCAACCCUCAUCCAUGUUACAACGGCGGCAUCUGUGUGGAUGGAGUCAACUGGUUUCGGUGCGAGUGCGCUCCGGGAUUCGCCGGACCAGACUGCCGAAUCAACAUAAACGAGUGCCAGUCUUCACCUUGUGCCUACGGUGCCACCUGUGUGGACGAGAUCAACGGUUUCCGCUGCAUCUGUCCGCUUGGUAGAACAGGAGCCCGAUGCCAAGAGUUUAUAGGUAUUGGGAGGACUUGCCACUAUGCUGGGCUGCAGUUUCCCCAUGGCAGCCGCUGGGAGGAAGAGUGCAACAGCUGCCAUUGCAUCAAUGGCAAAAUGGACUGUACAAAGGUGCUGUGUGGUCGCCGUCCCUGUCGGCUCCAGUCUUCAGACCAGGACCAGAAACAGCAGUCCUGCCCGGCUGGACGAGAGUGUCUGGAGCACAGCUACCUGACCUGCUUCUCCCCUCCUUGCUAUCAGUGGGGGGUUUGUUCCAAGGCUGGACCCUCAGCUCCACAAGCAACCACCAAGUGCCAACCAAACACCGGGCAUUUGGACAACAGCUGUGGCCGCAUAACACUUGUCUUCAACAGAGACAAAGUACCAACAGGAACAACAGUGGAGAACAUCUGCUAUGAGCUGAGGUCUCUUCCUGAUACCCGAAGCUUGGCAAGAGACCACGCCCUUCUCCUUUUGUGUGACCUCUCUCAUUCCAAUCAAGAUGCUGUAGAGGUGGCUAUAUCUUUUCAACCGGAGGAUCUACCAGACCACAGUCUGAUCCAGGAGGUAGCCAGUGCCAUUGUUGGCACCUUGUCCAAGCGGCACAACAGUACGGUAAUGCUGGCCGUCAUUGAGGUCAAAGUGGAAACACAGGUCAUGCCCCCCUCAGUAGCAGACUACCAGGUGCCUCUUCUAUGUGUGGUGUUCUGCUUGCUCUGCCUCUUCUGCAUUAUCGUAUGUGUUUGGUGGACUCGCAAACGGAGAAAAGAGCGCGAGAGGAACUCACGACCAGUUUCGGACGACAAUGUGAACAACCAGUGGCAGCCACUCAGGAUCGUUGUGGGGCGUCAGCAGCAGCAGCAGCAGCAGCAGCAGCUGAAAGAAAGCAACAGGGACGCCGAGCAGGAGCGCAAAAAGCUCAUGGGCCCCUCCUAUCGGACGUCUGAUGAGGAGGAGGAGGAGGAGGAGGAGGAGACGGAAGGCGAGCUUGAGCUCGAUGAGGAGUGUGGUGGAGCAGAGGCGGGAAAACAGUCUGUUUAUAUGUACUCCAAGACUGCAGUGCAGUCCAGUGGGGGAGUGAUCUGUACCAUGCACAGUUCCAGUUCACCCCUUAAAGCACCCCACCGGACCCCAGGCUACAGCCCCAAAGACAACCGCUGGAAAAAUGUCAGUGCCGUCUUGACCGGUCAAAAAGACCUCAGAGACCAUUGUGUAUAAGACAUUCAAACAAGGACUCGCAAUGUGGAAGCGAGAGAAGCUGCAAGGCAGUGACUAUUCUUAUUUUUUGACUACUUUUGGGAAGAAAAAAAAGGCUUUGUGUUUUAAUAAGCCAUUCUUUGCUUUGUUCCAUGUUUUUGUCACUGUCACCUGAAAUGCUUUUUUUUGAUUCAGGAGGCUAGAGCACAGUGAACAUCCUUUUUUUGCUUCUGUUCACUUAUUUUUCUUUAAUUAUGUACAAAAGGGGCUGAAAUGUUCCGGCGGCCCAAGAAGCUCUCUGCAAUUUUUUGUUUAUGGAAUUGUACCAUUUAAGAAAUGAUGAAUCAUUGAAAAGGAGAAAAAAAACAACCUGUAUAAAGAUUUUUUUGUUUGUUUACAGAUGUUUAUGAUUUUGUUAAAUUGUCAGCUGGCUCCUGUUCAGUGUCUGUGGGGGAGGGGGCAGAUACACAUUAAAGGGACAGUAAAGGAAGGGUCUGGAGGGAAAUGGACUGUUGCAGCCAUGGCAACAGAGGAAGUACUCCCUUCGCUCUGUCUCUUUCCGGCUUUGCCCACCAAUCCACCCGUGGCCGUCAUGCGCCAGCCUUACCAAAACACUUGGCCUGGAAAGGAGAGGGGACAGAAACCCCAGUGCCUACUAUGUGGCCUUCCAUUUUCUUCACCUGUCUCUCAGCUCUCUUGGCUGAAAGCUCUGUUUGAGGAUUUUUUGCAGUAUUUGAGUUGGUAGCAAGUGCCUUUCUGAGGGCCGUGUCGAGGCUCCAAGUCGCGCUGCCCAGUUUGACCUCCUUGUUCUCAAAUCUCAAAGGGAAGUGUACAUCUAGAGAGUUCAAUUUCACAGCAACGCCAUUCAAGGUAUUUGAUCAAACAGAAAUUAAUACUCUGUACAUAUGUGUAAAUACUAAAGGAGUCGCUGUGUAUAUUUGAAAUAAGUAACUUAAAGACAAGUCACACAUUUUUAUUAUUAUUAUUAUUGUUAUUAUUAUUAUGAAUAAUAUUAUUUUUAUUUUUUUUACAACGCCAUUCCUUUUAUUUAUGCAAGUCGAAUUAGGCACGUUUUAUAAAACUUCAUAUCCAGAGUCCCACAGUUAAGAACCUUUACGGUAAGGUACCACCUAUGAAGGAAUUUAUGAAGGGUUUAUAAAUGGUUAGUCAUGAGGACAAGUUUUUUUUUUUUUUUUUGUUGUUGUUUUUUUUUUGUGACUUGCUGUAUCAAGAGUUGUGGCUAUGUCUUAAGCUCUUAAGCGCGUUUUAGUUAGGGCAAAUCACUGAAGCUUUUCAACUUCAACACUUUACCCUUUCCAUGAAAUACCUGGCCAGAAGAUUGCCACUUCCAUUUAUAAUUUCAAUGAUAAAACACUUUUUCCUGGAUAUAUAUGGUCAAAUAUAACUAGAUUUCGUAUCGGUCUUCUAUUAGCUUGGCAAAAUUAACCUAUUGAUCUAAGUCAACAGUGGUUUGACAGCAGAAAUUAUGGCCACGAUAAAUAAAUCCCAAUUCUUUUGCACAUAAUUUUGUCAAUUGAAGCAAUCCUGUAAUAAUAUUAGGAAGAUGUAUUAAUGACUCAUCUGUGUUCUUAGAAUUUCACAGUUCCAUUGCAAAACAUUUGAAUACAACUUUUUAACAACAUAUGUAAAGGGGAAGUCAAAAAUGUGUCAAAUAGGGCAAAUAAGCUGCUGCCGCACUGCUCUUUAUCGACGGAAACUUUCUAAGCAAGUCGCCCUUAUGGCCACCCCUCAAUCAGUGAUGUGACAUCACAAAAAGGGGUGUGCCAAGAAAUGCAAAUUGCUCAUGAUUUUCUGUCGGUUGGAAGCAUAGCAGCCGUCUACUUUUACUUUUGAUCCAUGCUUUAAUCACGAGUCAUUUUUAACAAACUCUCUAUCACUGAUUUUGGUUGUUUAAUCAGGAUUUGGUUAAAAACAAAAUUCAGCCGUAGCUUUUGCCAGACAGUGUUGCAAAGCUACCAACAUUAUAGCCUUAAAACGUUCUCAAACCAUUUCUAAACCCAUCACAAACCCUUUUGCUUCAGGUGCCUUAAUGUAAUGAGUAAUGCAUUAUUUGUGUAUCAACGGUCAUCUUUUUAUGUUGUUGGUUUGUUUUCACUAUUAAGGAAAGUAACUCUUUAAAACAUUGUGUGGUGUAUAGUGGCGUGUUUUAUUCGCCUGAGUAAAGUGCUCUCCUUGUCUCGCUUUGCUGUCAUGGAGAUUCCUGGAAUAACACACUUUAUGGAGGAUUAAAAAAAACAAAUCAGGCCACCAUGACCCUUUUAAGGUUCAUGAAUGUGGACGUCAGUAGGUCAAAUGUGGACAUCAUGCAUUAGCUUCAUGUUUGGUUUAAAGGCUUUAAUGAAGGGAACAAUAUUUGCAGAUGUCUUUGCUACCAUGCAGGUGUGUUAUUAUUAUUUUUUUAAGAUACCAACUCAGUUCAAAAUGACCGUCUUUUUCAUAUCAUGUCAUUGUCUCAAAACGGCAAUCGUAUUUUCUGUAAAUGGGACACAGCAAAAUAAAGAAUUAAAGAUGCAUCACUGCUGGUGUUAAAAGCUGAAUAUGCAUAUUGUAUACAUUUUAUUUUCCAAGGGACAUACGUUAAUUUUAUACAAAGGUGUCCAUUCUUUUAGUGGAUGUUUCAUUGUUCUAAAUAAUCAUCCCAAUUAUUUAUUA